GAGCCUCGCGGGGCCUCAGUGGUGGCAGACAGAGGUUGGCGGGAGUCAAUGGCACAGUCUCUGAAGAAGAUGUAUUGGGAGUGUGUGGGAAUCAAUAAAUGCGAGUUCUGUGAAAUGUCUUGAUUUUCAGGGUGCAUGGGGUUCUUUCUGGCAAAAGUAAUGACAUACGCAUCUGUGACAGCAUCCCAAGAGUGAGCCUGGUUUCUGGAAAUCCAUUCCGACUCUGUGACAGCGGCGAUGGAUGUGACCUUGCCCGUGGUUAGAAAACAAAUUUACUGAGUUCUCUGGGUGCCCUGCAGACCUUUGGAUCCUGCCACCUUGCUGGACAUUAGGGUUCUCUAGCUCCUGCCAGCCCUUAGAGCCACAGGACCUUGGUUACAACAUCUACAGAAGGCCCUGCAGCUGAGUGAUCCAAUCCAGGAUCAUAUGCUGCCUUCAGGUGACACAUCCCUUUAGUCUCCUUUAAUCAGGAGCAGUUUCUCGGUCUUCAUAUUCCAUGAAGUCGAGAUUUUUGAAGAGUAUAGGUGUCAGAUCUUUUUCCAAGAACAGCAGAAAAUGAUCGAGUACCAGACACCUGUGUCAUUCAAAGAUGUAGUUGUGGGCUUCACCCAAGAGGAGUGGCACCGGCUGAGUCCUGCUCAAAGGGCCCUGUACCGGGAUGUGAUGCUGGAAACCUAUAGCAACCUCGUCUCAGUGGGUUAUGAAGGCACCAAACCAGAUGUGAUCCUCAGGCUGGAGCAGGAAGAAGCACCAUGGAUUGGUGAGGCAGCAUGCCCGGGCUGCCACUGUUGGGAAGACAUCUGGCAAGUUAAUAUCCAGAGGAAAAGACGGCAAGACAUGCUUUUGAGGCAAGGCGCAGCCAUAAGCAAGAAAACACUGCCCAAGGAAAAAAGCCAUGAAUAUAGUAAGUUUGGGAAAAUAUCACUUCUGAGCACUGACCUUUUUUCUUCAAUCCAGAGCCCUAACAACUGGAACCCUUGUGGAAAGAAUUUGAACCAUAAUUUAGACUUGAUUGGUUUUAAGAGAAACUGUGCAAAAAAGCAAGAUGAGUGUUAUGGUUAUGAGAAAUUGCUUCAGCGUAUACACCAUGGUAGACGACCGAAUGGAGAAAAGCCCUGGGGUUGCAGUCACUGUGAGAAAGCUUUCACCCAGAACCCGGCACUUACGUAUAAACCAGCAGUAAGUGAUUCUCUCGUGUACAAACGGAAGAGGGUUCCACCUACAGAAAAACCCCACGUCUGUAGUGAGUGUGGGAAAGCCUUCUGCUACAAGUCUGAAUUCAUUAGGCAUCAGAGAAGUCACACUGGGGAGAAGCCUUAUGGCUGCACUGACUGUGGGAAAGCCUUUUCACAUAAGUCAACCCUCAUCAAACACCAGAGAAUUCACACUGGGGUAAGACCCUUUGAAUGUUUCUUUUGUGGGAAAGCCUUUACCCAGAAGUCACACCGCACAGAACAUCAGAGAACACAUACAGGAGAGAGACCCUUUGUCUGCAGUGAAUGCGGGAAAUCGUUUGGUGAGAAGUCAUACCUCAAUGUACAUCGAAAAAUGCACACGGGAGAAAGACCCUAUCGUUGCAGAGAAUGUGGAAAAUCCUUCAGCCAGAAGUCCUGCCUCAAUAAACAUUGGAGAACUCACACAGGAGAGAAGCCCUAUGGGUGCAAUGAAUGUGGGAAAGCUUUCUACCAGAAGCCAAACCUCAGCAGACAUCAGAAAAUUCAUGCUCGGAAGAAUGCCUACAGGAAUGAAAACUUAAUAAUUGUGGGAAAUACUUGAGCAAAAUAUCUGGUUUCAUGGUAUGU